AUGAUCCCCGGGAUCUUUCCGCUUCUUCUCCGGUUGAUCCAGUCGAAUCCGGCGGAAAUCCACCCGCCAACCCUGAACCUAACCCAUCAAUGCGUGGAUUCAGAGUGUGAUCGUAUGCAUGACUUGACAGAGACGGGCGGGUUGUUGGCGUGUUUCGGGCAAAACGUAGAGAAUAUUUAUCAAUACGGCCCCACAAUAUUCCCGGUGCGCCAAACAACAAUUUACGGCGGUACGUCGCAAUCGGUUACCACGACGAUCCAUUGCUCCCAAUAUCAGCUCAAGAUGACGAUGUCGGGUGAUCGCUUUGAGGACGUCUCCCAGCCGAAUGGCUACUGUCCGACAACGCAGGACGACUCAUGCGACGAGUGCCCGAUCGGAUCUCGCCCUACCCAUCCUGGACCGACUUACCAGGAGGCUUGCGAGUUGGUACAGAUCGCGCUUGGCUAUCGCUACAAACCCCGCUACCCAUUCUACAUCAAAAAGCAAAGCAACGCGUGGCUCAUCGCACACAGCGCGGAUCCGCAGUGCCCAGCUGGGACAUACCAGGGUGAUUUCGACAAGGACGAAGGCGUGAGGUGCGACAAGAAAUGCCCGCGUAACUGCAUAAAGUGCUACGCUGCGAAGAUGUGCCUCCAAUGUGAGGCCGGCUUUCUACCGGCACUGGCGGCCGACGGCAGCAUUCGAUUUUGCGUGGGCGGCACAGAGCUGAUCGGCGAUUCGCGGAUGGCGUCGACGUGUCCAGGGGGCUACAUCCGGACCGGCGACCUCUGCUGGGCGUGCAGGGACCUGUUCCCGAAAUGUGUCGGCUGUGAUCGGGAAGGUCGAUGCAUCCAAUGCGAACGGGGCUACAUCCCGAUCCAUGGCCACUACCGGGUGACAUGCGUGCGACUUUGCACAAGCCUUGGCUGUCUGGAGUGCGCCACCGGGCUCUACAGUAUGCAUCAGCACAUCCAAGAUAACACCGUCAUUUGCCGCUACAGUUGCCCGUUGCACUACUACCCGCUGAAUUAUUUUCCAUUCCGCUGCGAGCCGUGCCACCCGUCGUGCUGGGGAUGUCGAGGCCCAACCGACAGGGACUGCCUCGACUGCAAAACCGUCGGCUUUUGGGACAUGCGGGCGUUAAAGUGUGACAGCUCAAUGAACCGCAACAUCUUGAAUGCACAAGAUUUGAAGAAUCUCCGAGGGGCGCGCGAGGAAGUAGAGAAUAUUUACGACCGCUCCAAUCUCCGAAUUGGAUUUACGCGCACGGGAGCCGCAAUGUUCGCUCGUCGCUAUAACCGUAUCGUACAGGAAGCCGCACUCCGUGAGCUCGAGUACCUGGUGUUCCUGCGUAAAACGAGGACCGGGAGCAGCAGCUCGUUCGGCCCGACGUCUCCGCCACAGGCGCGCAGCUCCGACACGGUGCCGGCUGUUCCAUCUUCUUCAUCCAAUUCGAAGAAGGCGCUCGGGCCGCUCGCGGAGCCGAAGCCGCGCGUCAUCGUCCGCCCAAAUCUUCGUACACAAGCUCGUCUCAACAUGCGCCUGAAGCGGAAUCUCGAGCUCCGGAAGGAAGAAGCGAAAAAGCAGAAGGCCAAGUCCAAGUCGAGGAGUAAAUCAUUGUCGCUGGGCACGACGCAGGAGAGCCACCAGGGAACCCUCGACGCCAAGUCGUUUAGCCGAGAGACAGGCACUGGAGAACGGACCGGGACGAGGACUACGAUGUACACCACUGAACACUCGGCGACGGUCGCCACGACGAUGCGCACUGUCGAACAGCCCGCACCGGCUACGCCACACACCUCUGAACGUCGGACGACGUCGGCAGCCGAGAUCGGCGCCCAGACGCCAUGCCCAAGUUCCACCGAUCUGGGCAGUCACUCGGCUCCGGCUUUGGCGACCAGCACUUCCGGUGACGUCUCUCCGCCAAACCCGAAUCGAAGCCACAAUUCCUCGGCU